AUGACAAUCGAUCGUGCUGGUCGCCCUCCGGCACCCAGGAGAGCAUCUACAUAUAGAAGUUAUGAUGAACUUGGGCUUAUUGACAGAGGGAGACCGCUGAGAUACCGCCACGGUGGUAUCGAAGAUCUCAGCGGUUUAGAAUCUAGACCUCAAAAGUCAUACGACCCUCAAGAUUUAGAUAAUAUUACUGUUAUUAGUUCAGAAGAAAUUCAGAGACCGAGGAAAAAAACUAUCGAGGGACUAGCAAAUGGAUUCAGGAGAACAUUUUCUGUCAGAAGCAGAAGAGAGGAUUCUGAAGGUAUACAAAUGGAAACCUUUAGUGUAAACGGCGGUGAAAAUUUUGCAACAGUAAGAGGUGCACCAUUUAGAAGACGUAGAUCUCUAUCACGGGAUAGAGAGUCAUCACUUUUAGGAAGAAGUUCCUCGGAGGGAGAUGUAAGGAUGUCUCUGCCUCGAGCUCCACCGACUAGUGCCACGCCUCGGUUACAUCGCUGCCUGCGCGCACUCGGUGGAAGUUGGAAGAAUCUUCUUUUAUGUGAGUCGUCGUGA